ACACCUUUGUUUCUCAGCUUUGGUUUGUAAACAAGAGGCAGUCUAGACUCCCAGCUGGAGCUUUCCUGGGGGGCCACCAGCAGUCUCUCUGUGGGGAGCCUCCCCACCUCCACGAAGGGCAUCUCCUCGGGUUUUAGGAGAGCUAAGAGACUCCAUCCUAAGAAGAGGCACACCUUCGACCUUGCUCUUCUGCCAGGUGUUUUUGGGGACUGUCUGGUUCUUCACACUUGUCCUGUGGCUUCUCCCCCUUGUGCAACCCCACCACAAUGGUGAGGCUGUCCAAACCCAAAACCUUCCAAGCCUAUCUGGACAACUGCCAUCGACGCUAUAGCUGCGUGCACUGCAGGGCCCACCUGGCCAACCACGACGAUCUCAUCUCCAAGUCUUUUCAAGGAAGCCAAGGGCGGGCAUAUUUAUUCAACUCUGUAGUGAAUGUUGGAUGUGGUCCAGCAGAAGAACGGGUUCUGCUGACAGGUCUACAUGCUGUAGCUGACAUAUACUGUGAGAACUGCAAGACCACGCUGGGAUGGAAAUAUGAACAAGCUUUUGAGACCAGCCAGAAAUACAAGGAAGGAAAAUACAUCAUUGAACUCAACCACAUGAUCAAAGAUAAUGGCUGGGAUUGAAACAAACACAAAGGAAUCCCACCACCGUUGGACACUACCUGUAGGGGUGGCACAUAAGAAAUGACAAUUUACACAAAACCUGCCUCUGCCUUUCCAACCAACUGUCUGCCAUCCAAAUCACCUCUAGAUGUUGCAUCUGAGUUGUGAAGGAGGAGGCAGAGCUUCUACCAGGAGGCAACACCCAUGGCUCAGAUAUGUCACCACCAUGUGGCAGUGCAUAAGAAGACACCUAGGCCAGGGGCAGUGUGCAAGCAGGGUUUAGGGGAGGGGGGAACAGUGUGGGUUGUGUUGUAUAGAGGGAGCCUGCAUUAAAAAAAAAAAAGGAAAAAAAAGAGGGCAAAUGUACAGUGGAGAGGGGAGGGAAAGGGUUGGGUUGUACAGUAUUUGUGAGUUUGUGUGACUAAAUGUAUUAUAUAAAUAAAAGCAAUGAAGUGA